AUGGCGUGGAGAAAGCCUAAAGAAUGUUUAUUGUCAACUACGAAGGGUAGAAAAGAAGGCAGAGGUGGUAGAAUGGCUUGCUUCUUUGUGGCAAUAGCACACGAAAGAGGAGUGGUGUUGUGCGAGCAAUACACAUGCAAAUCCGUCACCGGAGAAUUUAUAGCCGAGUUCAUCAAGAAACACUUCCCAACUGCAUUUUGCAAAACCAAGAAGUUAACGGCCAAGAUGUUUCUUCAGGACGGAGACCCAAAGCAAGUAUCAGCAAAAGCGAAGAAACGGAUUGAGAAAAUGGUGUACACCUACUUUCAUAUCCCAGCCAGGUCGCCAGAUUUCAAUCCUAUAGAGAACAUGUUCCAUGUUGCUCGCAGGCAGUUGAAGAAAGAUGAUAUUGAACUCAAGAUUGAAAACGAGAACUACGAGCAGUUUUCAUCAAGAGUGAAGAAAACGAUUGAAAGCAUAGAUAUCAGCUACAUUAAUAGAACCAUUGAAUCAAUGAAACAGAGAAUG